GGACAGCGAGCAGGUGGCCGACAGCAACUUUUUGGGCGCCAUGAUCUUUGCUAGCAUCGUUGGCACGGGGAUUGGCUUGAGCGCAUUCUGGCUGAUCAAUGUGACUUCUCCGACAACCUUCAGCAUCGUCGGGUCGCUGAACAAGGUUCCACUCGUCAUCUUUUCAGCCGUGCUGUUCAACGUCCCAAUGUCGUUUGCCAACACGAUGAGCGUCAUGUUUGGUAUUGCAAGUGGCAUGAUGUUUACGUAUGCCAAGUACCAAGAGCAGCAGGCACAAAACACAGUCCUCCCGAGCCGUCGACUAUAGCCAUUCAAACGAAAUCAAUCACAAAUAAUAAUAACAACAACAAAAAAAAAACCAUCCCCCA